AACACCAUGACAACUCCACUACUGAUGUUUGUUCUUCUGACUCUACCCUGCUACAGCGCACAUGGGCAGGUCAAUCCUUUUGGAAUUCCAGUCUCCGUCCAUGCUGAGAAGUUCUACGGCACGUCUCCCAGAGAUCACGUCUGCAACGGGCUGAAUUAUAGCGGUCUAGAUUACACCUGCUGUGAAGGAGUACGGCAUAAAGGGGCGGGGCUGUCCUGCUGUGGAAAAAGGGCCUUCGGCCUCACCCAGGCUUCCUGUUGUACCUAUUCACUCAAACCUGGUCAGUUAACUCUGAAUGUGAGCCAGCUGGUGUCAGAUUGCUGUGGGUUGAGGGCCUAUGACCCACUCAACCAACUGUGUUGUGACUCACGGAUCCUAACCAGGACCCAACCUCAUGCCAAGUGUUGUGGAAAAGACCUCUACGAUGAAGACCACCAGCUUUGCUGUGGAAAUGUCGAAGGAAGGAAGGUCCUGACUAAAAUGUCCAGCCACCACCGAUGCUGUGGAGACCACCAGUUUGACCAUCGAAGCCACUGCUGCUGCUCUGAAACACUAUCCCCAGAGCCUCUCAAUGCAAGCUGCUGUGCAUCAAGUUCUAAUUACAGGGGAAUUGAUGCGAGUUCUCCAAACUGUAUGCCAGGGGAGAGGCCAGAGGGUUGCUGUGUGAACCCUACAUCUCGCCAGGGGCAGCCUCACUCCCACCACCUGAUCUCUGCGGGAAAACGCAGCCACACCACAGGUGUCUACAAUGGUGCAGGCUGUGGCUCUCAGGUUUACAAUCCAGACAUCAAAAUCUGCUGUGCCGGGAAGCUGUCCAAUAGGGUGCUUGGGAAAAACCUGGCAAACACUGCUGUGGAGAAACAGAUACCCCAGGAUGAAAUCAGCUGCAACGACACAAUUCAUCUGCCUUGUGACCAUGAUGCAACCUCUGUCCAGUGA